GAGAAAACCCCGGUUGAUCCCAAUGACUCGCUGACCCACCUGGGGUCCUCCCUCUAUGGCGCCCUCACGGGGGAUGCGCUCAGCGGUGCUGGGGGAAGCGACCGUGCUGCAGUGGCGCGCGCGGUGGCUGUCAGAGAUGCUGAGAGCUUGGAAGGAAGCUGUGAGCAUACUGCAGCGACGUCUUUCACUUGAACCGUGUUCUUCCAGAGUGCAAAGUUUACGCUCUCAGCGGUUCUUUCGACACUGGCUACAGAGCUACAAGCUGCUGCAGUUGUGCCGGCGCCGUGCUUCUUCCGCCGCGAAUUCGCCCGGGAUCGUGGCCGCCUUCCAUGCCUGGUGCAGCUAUGGCCGCGCACGCCAAGCCAAAGAACAGUUGCGGCGCACGGCGCAGCGCUUUCGCCGGCGCCAGCUGCUGCGGAAGACGCUCCGGAGGUUCCAAGGAGGAGUUGAAGAAGCACGAGACGCUGAGACGAGAGCUGGUCGUUUUCAUGGUCUGAAGGCUGGGCAGCUGACCAAGCAGCUUUUCGGGUCAUGGCAGCAGCUGGUGGAUUUUGGCCGCGGCAGUCGAGCGGAUGGGAUGAGAUGCCAACAGCUACAGAUGAAAGCCUUGAGUGGCUUUCAGCUUUACCAGGGCUGGCGGCGUGGGAAGAUCGCCGCACAGGCCACUGCCAGGAGCCACCAGCGGAUGCAGAGCAUCAAGCGUUGCCUUGACACCUUCAAGAGCUUCAUCGACAUGAGGCGCCGUACGGCGGCCGCUCGGGCGGCGCUCCACCGCUCCACGCGGCGGCGGCGCCGGAGUGGCGCCGUGGGCGCCUGGCGAGCGCGAAGCGUGGAGCUGCGGAGCGCGCGGAGGCAGGAUGAGAUGACAGCAAUGGCUCAUCACACAAGGUGCCUUCUGCAGGACCUGUGGCACCUGUGGCUCUUCCGCAGCCGCCAAGCGCUCCAGAGCCGGCAGCGGCUCCGGCGGCUCGAGCUGUCGCUGGCGCGCCAGGCGGGGCAGCGACGGGCAUCGAUGGACACCGAUGUGGGCAUCGGUGAAGACAUUGCAAUUGAGAAGUGA